AUGAAGCUUGAACUUGACCUAAGGCCUAAGCUAGCACCAGAGCUAAAGCCUAAGCUAGCGCCUAAGCUAGAGACCGAGCUAAAGCCUAAGCUAGAGCCUGAGCUAGAACGUGAGCUAAAUCAUGAGCUAGAACCUAAGCUAGAACGUAAGCUAAAGCCUGAGCUAGAGCCUGAGCUAAAGCUUGAGCUAGAGGCCGAGCUAGAGCCAAAGCUAGAGCCAACGCUAGAACCUAAGCUAAAACCUGAGCUAAAGUCUGAGCCUGAGCUACAGCCUGAGCUAGAGCCUGAGCUAAAGCCUGAGUUAGAGCCUAAGCUAGAAAGUAAGCUAAAGCCUGAGCUAGAACCGGAGCUAGAGCCUGAGCUCAAGCCUAAACCUGCCAGAUUCUUAAACAAAACCAUAAACGUUGCCUUUAUUAAUAAAAAAAACUAACCUCCCCUUCUCUUUUUUCAUUUUAAAUUCUCACCCCUUACAUUACUUCUCAUACCUUCCUCCUCACCGCUCUUCAAAAACCUAUAAAGACAUCACUUUUAGCGGAUCCGAUUCAAGGUCUGAACUCAAAAGUAGAAAAAAAUCAGAUUCUCGCUUCAAAGUCAAUGGUAAAUGUUUGUUUAUAA